AUGGUGCUUCGGAAAGACGAACUCGAAAUACAGCUCAAAAACGAGAAUGAAUUGAUCAAAAAUGGCGUACUGAGAGAGGAUAACCCCUUGGACCAGUCUGUUGAGUUUGAAGCCUUUUUGCUGGCUUGCAGGAGGGGUGACCUGAAGACGUGUCAAGAGCUAAUCUCGGCGGGUGUGAACAUCAACGGCAAGGACCGCUUUGACUACACCCCCCUGAUUAUUCUACUCCUGGAGUCCGGCGCUCUUGCUGAGAGGAACACGUUCCAAGGAGAGCGAUGCAUCUACAACGCCCUCAAUGACAGGAUACGGAAUCUUCUUUUGGAGUAUGACUACUCAAAAUCGACGGAUCCCUUGCAACCAUGGGCAGGGCAUAUCACCAGUCUCCUCUCAAAGUACGUCCCGAAGACGACGGACAUCAGCUUGAUUGCGGCUGCGCAAUCCUUCGAUUUGCACAAGUUCCUCCUCGCGGCACGGACACCAUACUUCAGGAAGAAACUAUCUGAUGCACCCGAAACCACGACAUGGAAGCUCCCGACCACUCUCCCGUUGGAGUCCUUCCAGGUCGCCCUCCGCUAUCUCUACCUUGGCGAAGUACCAAGAGACGUGGUCAACCCCCGGAGCACCGUCACGGAAGAGGAGGUUCUCACCGGUGUCGAUAAGCUGAGCAAACAUCUCGAGAUCGAGCAGCUCUGGGAGGCGAUUCUCGCCGGCAACGACCGCCGUCUCGCGCGUCAGAGGUACGAGGACGAGGUGAAGCGCGCGCAGGGCCAGGUCGAGCGGUUCUACCGUGAAAAGGUCUUGGGUCACAAGAUGGUAGUGGAGACGAAGAGGGUAGGUGACGUGAAGUGGCGGCAUGACAACUCGAUAUUCGCCGACUGCCUUCUCUGCGCGCACGAGCCUGAGAGCGACGAGACAGAGAAUGACACAGAAGACGGCGACGAUGUCGUUCAUCUCAACGGGAUCCCACUCGGCCCGACUACCAACGGCGAUAAGCCAAAGCGAAAGCCUAGGAAGUCAGUGGUGUAUCCCGUGCACAAGGCGAUGCUCAUUCGCAGCCCGUAUUUCGAAACUAUGUUCUCCAGCGAGUUCAAGGAGGCGCAAAACUCAGAACACCUCCAUGUUGUCACGGUGGAUUGUAUGCCUGAUGUCCUCGAGAUUGUUCUCACCUAUCUGUAUACCGAAAAGGUCGACUGUCCCCUGGAGCUUGCCCUGGACCUGCUGUACACGGCCGACAUUCUCUUCCUCGACAAGCUCAAGACCAAGGCGGCGCAGGCCAUCAGCACCCUGGGAAGCGGCAACAACAACGUAUGGGCCGAUCGCACCCACGCCUCGGCGGAGCGGGAGGACCAGCUCGAGAUGGAACCUAUCAACAUCUACGACGUGAUCCAUGCGGCCUGGGACUUGAGGGUGCAGCGCCUAGAAGAGUUUGCAGCGCGGUACCUUGCCGAUCGGCUGGAGGACUACAUUGACGAGCCCGAGUUUGCGGAGCUCAUCAAGGAGAGUGCGGAGAGACUCAAGAACCGCCAGGAGACGGAUACCAUUGAGUUGCUGGACGAUAUCCGGUAUUACCUAGGCGAGCGUUUCCGCUUGCGCUUCGAGGACGCCAACCUGGAUGAGAUGAUGGACGAGGAGGGUGAAAUCAACGCCGCCAUGACGGAGACUAUCGCCGCACAGAGCGAGCAGCAGGUCGACGAAAAAGAUGACCUCGUUGCUACUCCCAAGGAAGUGUCACCUGCUGUGGACUCUGCGAAGGAUGGCGAAGGCGAUGAAGGCGUCAAAACCCUGGGCGGUGAGGUGGCCGAGGACGAGUUCGCGUCAGAUGCGAUCAACUACCAGAUAUUACUUGGCAAGAUCGACACGAUGCUGGAUCGCUUGAAACUGGACGCGUAG